AUGGAUCGUCAAGCAACAGCCAGAUGGCUGCCGAUGCCGGAAAACAGUGGAGUGCGGUCUCUGAAGUUUUGGAGACAUCCCAGCUUUGAGUGGCAGAACCAAGUAAAAUGGGAGUUGAGGCGCAUCUUGGAUGAACUGCAUGACAAAGCAGUUGACCAGAAGCAAAUCUUGAGAGACGAAAAACAUCAGUGGGAAGAGCAUUUCAAGGUGCUAGGGUCCUCUUAUGAGGAAACGAUUCUUCCCAGUGCUUUUGCGUUUCGCCAGCGAUACAAGAGGGAGCCACCUCUGCAUCUGGUCGAUGCCUUUCAAGCGGAAACACACGGCUUGCUGGGUCUGAUAGUGUCCCACGCCGUCUGCCGCCGCAAAGCCGCUGACCAAGAGCGUGGCAAACUGGUGCUCCGAAGCUUUCUGUCCACCGUGUUAGGCAUGGAGGAUCCAAUUUUGGACCUAGAUUUGCUGACAGCAGGAGAAGAGGUCAUUGCCGCUGCAGGUCAGUGCGAGGUCAACUCCAGGGCCUUGGAAACAGAUGCCCUGGAUGCUGUGAGCGCUUUGCUUAUCAAAUGCUUCAGAAAUCGGAGCACAUGCUGUGCUGCGGGCCCCCUCUUCAAAAGUAUGGUCUUCAAGCUCGUUCGGCAUGUCGCAUCCAUAGCGGCAGUUCUCGGAACCGAUGAUGCUUUGCAGGGUGAUACUGCAGUCCGGGGCAGCAGCAAACGUCGCCUGGACACUGACAGAAAGUCUGCUCUCAUCAACUUGGCUCUGGAGGAUAGAAAGGCGAAGAGCGUCAAGGUUCUGUGCCAAGGACGGAAAGAAAAGGGUGCUGAGAACUCUGACCGCUGGGUGGCAGAGGAGGCGUCGGCCUACCGUUGGGCUGCAGCUGCUACUUUUGCAGACGUCCAGAACCUCUCGCUGGCAUACGAUGUUUCCAGGGUCGGGCAACCGAAAGAGGACACUCUGGUGGUUGCAGGUCUUGCCGUCGACAGAAACACAGGCGCUUGGUUCCUGCCACAGGCCAGUCAGAGCUUGUCUUGUCUGUGGAGUAGCGGCAAGAGUGACAUGCAGCAUCCGGUCUUGAAAAGCAAUCUCCAGGAUGUGCCCUCCGGCAGUGCUGCAGGAUUGGAAGCUCGCUUGGCCACGUGCACGGACGACAGCGUGAAUCGGGCCCUGCUGCAAGAGCAGCUGGAGGAACAGCAGGCUGAGCAGCAAAGCAGAAGCCGCGACGAACUGAAGCUAGAGUACACAGCAAACAAGUAUUUCGCGCUUUCCCUGGACAAGUGCUUGCAGAAGACCAUCCAAAUCGGCUUGAGCUACUUUCUUCCUAACAACCGGGACCUCCUGCUGCUGCCAGGCGAGACCCUGGUCUUGAAAGAGCUUUCCCCAGAAGACCGUUUGGAAGGAGUGGCUCCCCUGCGUGCCGUGGCUCGUGAUGAGGGUUCCAUCGGCUGGGUGUGCUCUCUGUGGUUGGACAACUGCGUCCAGCUCCGUGGGAGCACGAUUGAGGAUGCAUACCAUCGUUGGCCUGGCAAUGACUUCAAGAAUGCACUCGUCCACAGUGGUUUGUGGCUCAACGUAUGUGAGCGUGCAGCUCUGUACAACGCGGCUACUGCUCCGUACGAAAACCACGGCAACUUCUCUCUGUUGGCUGAAAGCGCGAAGCAAUACUUCGAACUCCGAGACCACACCUGCCCUUUGUUCGCUCUCCUCUACGAUCCCAUUUGUUCUGAGCUCGGCUUGUCGUUGUUGGAGCGCGGGACAGAGGAGCACAUGAAACGUGUCUUCGAAAGCAUCCGCACGAGCCGGGUUUUUCAGCAGAAGAUGGAUCGUGUCAAACUGGGUCGAUGGGCGUCUUGGUUUCGUGCAACGGAAAGCUGGCAGGGCCAAAAGAUGCCGGCUCUUUUGGUUUUCCUGUGGAUGGGAAUCCAGCGCAAGUGGUGGACAUCCCUGGCUGAGCUUCCAAUUCUAAGUCUCCGUGAAGAGGAUGUUUUUCGUGAGAAGGCAGAGGCAGCAUCCAGUUCAUGUCAAGGGCCUCAAUACAGAGCAGAGGUGCGGGACAUCGCUGCGGAGUUCACUGGAGGAGAGCGGAAAAAGUCGGUUGCAGAGUCCAACGCCGAGCUUAAACGCUUGAAGACUUCCAGCAAGCAUAUGCUGCAUUUGUGUGCGAACAUUUUGGGAAAUCCGUUCGCAAACACAUUGACAGAGCUGACGCUUGUGGUUUGCCAGCCUCUGUGCAGGUUCAUAGACGGAAUGCGCACCACCUGUUCUACGCCUUGGGGUUCGGAAGAUUUCCACAUCUCUCUAGCCAACGGUUCCUUGCAGAAUGCUGUGAGCGAGACAUGGUCCGUGUUGUCCAACAACUGCCUGCUGCAAUCAGCAGGGUUUUUGGAGACACACAACUGCGGCAAGCGGGCAGCAGCAGAACUCGAGAAUGACAACAAACUCGCCGAGAUUCUCUUCGAGACCGCUGCGGAAAUCAUUGCGCAGUUCACCCUCUCCGGCAUGACAUGGACGCAUCGUUAUCCUGGGUUUUUUGUUAGUCUUCUGGACACCAACGCGGAGCAGCAGAAGCGCAACAUGGCCGUACCGGAAGGCUCUGAUGCUUUCCUUUGGACACCUUCGCUCCCAAAUACAUCGUUUGUAAGAAACGAUGCCUUUGGUAUUUAA